AUGAUGGCGACUAACCAAGAGUCUCAGGCGCAGCACGCAAACACGGCAGUCGUCCUCAUCGACUCCUUCAACGACCUCCUUCACCACGAGGGCAAAGUCUACUCAUCGGUCAAGGAACCCCUAGAGGUCACGGGUACGAACGACAACCUUAAGACCCGGGUAUCCGCCGCGCGCGAGCGAAAGAUUGCCAUCUUCUACGCCCUGCACCGGACUUGA